UUCGGGAAGAAAUGGAACGUAGUGGGCGAUACUAAGGAGCGUAAGGAAAUUACACGCCACUAAAGUCGUAAAUUGUAAAUGCAGUCGAAAUGAUAGAAGACGUUUCUGAUGAUUACUAUUUAGAGCUGUGUGAUACACCUAUUCGUUUUGAAUCUGUUAGCAAGGUUACAAAUGUAUUUUUUGAUGAUUCUAAUAAACAGGUAUUUGCAGUCCGUUCAGGUGGUGUUACUGGAGUGGUUGUCAAAGGCCCUACAGAGCAAAUGACAACAAGUUUCUGCAUGGAAGACAAGGGACCUGUUAUGUCAAUCAAAUUUUCUCCAGAUCAACAAGUUUUGGCAAUCCAAAGGACCAAGACUUCAGUGGAAUUUGUGAACUUUAUUGGUGUUGAAGGGAUGGACUCAGUGGAGUACUCACAGAGUUGUAAAGGGAAGAACACUGUGAUCCUUGGUUUUGUGUGGACAUGUAACAGUGAAAUUGUGUUCAUCACAGAUCAUGGAGUGGAGCUAUUUCAGGUAGUCCCUGAGAAGCACUGUCUGAAAGCCCUCAAGUCACACAGUCUGGGGGUCAACUGGCAUGUGUUCUGCCCUCAGAGCAGCCUUCUGUUGCUCUCUUCUGGUACUCUUGGUAACCAGAUACAACCGCUGCAUUUCAAACCAGGAAAUAUCAUCAAACUUACAAAAUUUGAGAUUGAACUGGGAGUUGUUCCAAAGCCUGCCAAGUUAUGCUUGCUGGAAAGAGAUGUGACCUUGGCAAUUUUAUAUGGAUCCCCCAGUAUUGUGGUGUUACGCCAUCAACCUCGUGGAGUUGCUGGCCAAGGGGCCGAAGUUGUCGUUUAUAGUAUACAGAAGAUGCUUACAGCUAGAAAGAGCCACAUUCUGAGGUUAGAUAUGAGUGGCCGCUUUGCAAUAAAUGUGAUCGACAACCUGAUCAUAGUACAUCAUCAGGCUUCAAAGACUUCAAUGCUCUUCGAUAUCAACAUGGCGGGGGAAUCUGAUGGAUUUGUGACAUAUCACCAACCUGUAGCUAGUAUGCGACCUAUCAAACCGUUUAGCAUGUGUUUACCUGCAGCAACAGGCAGCCAGAUGCUGGGAGAGCCAGCACACAUCAACUGCGAACUCUAUUCUCCAAACUGGGUUGUUUUUCAGCCAAAUAUUGUGAUUGAUGCAAAACUUGGCUGUCUGUGGUAUAUUGGUCUUAGGUUACAACCAUUAGUCAACCUUAUCCAAGACAAAUGCUUGUUGGUGGAUUUUCUGCUUCAGAGGAAGGAUUCCAAGCCUGUUGUCAUUCAGGUUCUCCAGAGUAUUCUUGAGCCAACAGAGCAAAAUCGAAGUCACUUAGUGGUCAUUGCUGAACUCUUUGACCAUCUCAAUGAUGUAUACAGAAGUUUCUUGGAAGUUGAAAUGCAAAGUCAGAUGGGGACACCUGCAUCAAGUGGACUGAGUGUGUCUCCUGCUCGCCCAGCAGCCCCUGUACAACCAAAGGCUCCAGUUGUGAUAGAUCAGUCAGACAUGUACACUAACGUGUUCUCCCGGUUUGCAGACCGACACACAAAGGAUGGUGACCUGGUUGAUGGAGGCAAGUUUGUUGUGUGGGUUCUGUUGGAGUAUGUCCGGUCACUCACAGAUUUCCACAUACCAGUUCAACAUUAUCUGCAUGAACUGGUUAUCAACUCUUUAGUUCAACAUAAAGCUUACUACCAGCUGCACCAGCUACUUCAGUACCAUGUCGUGUCUGACUCGAAGCCAUUGGCAUGUCUGCUUCUGUCAUUGGAAAAUCUGUACCCACCAGCACACCAGCUAGCACUGGACAUGUUAAAACGCUUAUCUACAGCUAAUGAAGAGAUAAUAGAAGUACUGCUAUCUAAGCAACAGAUUCUGCCUGCUCUUAGGUUUGUGCGCAGUAUUGGUUCUGUGGAUCAGGUCUCAGCUCGGAAAUUUUUAGAAGCAGCAAAGUCUGCAGGAGAUCCAACCAUAUUCUACACUGUCUUCAAAUUUUUUGAACAGAGAAACCAACGUCUGAAAGGCAGCAGCACAUUUAGCAAGGGUGAACACUGUGAUACAUAUGUGAAGUACUACCAGACACUGUUCAAUAAUAAUGACAACAAUACUGCGCUGUGACAUUCUACAAGACUUGAGAUCACAUCACAAUGAAAGAUGUAGUUCAAUGAGUAUGAAGUACAGGCAGUUAGGUUAGACCUGAGCUCUGAGAGGGUGAAGUGCACAGACAUAGCAACUAUGGAGCUUUUUAUCACAGCUCACAUCCUGCUGAAUGUGUGUCAGUUAUUCUCUUAUACAUCUCUAGCACUGCUUUCACAGGGGAAUACUUUCCAGAUAUCUGAACAUGAUGAAACAUAAUUUUCAGUGUCUGCAUUUUCAUUUAGCUCAUCCUUAACAGGGCUGUUUCUUUUAGAAACAUCUUCACACUUCCUGGGUGAGUUAACCUUUAUCAUCUGGAAAUAGGGGGAUUGCGCCUCCUCCUAUUAUGGUGGCCAGAUUUUCAGUCACAACUAACUGUAUUUGUAUUGUGAUGCCCGCUGGACCACAAGCAUAGUGCUGCCACAGUAGUGCAACAGAUGGAUAAUAAAAGAUAAAUUUGGAUGUGAUAUGUGUACAUUAAUAAGAUAUAGCAAAACUCAGUGAUAUCAUUAAAUGUCCUUAGCCAACAAACCCUGAAUUGUUAAUGGCUGACUCUGCUUCCUGUACCAGAACCACAAAUAAAAAUUCUCCAUUUAGA